AUGGAUCGGUUGUACCCUAAUUUCUACUCUCUUCAUGCAACCGCCCCUGCUGAACCCUUGGAACCCCGUUUUAAACGUCGAUCAUGGAAUGCUUUUCCAGAAAAUGCUUUCAUGCCUUAUACCGUAUAUACACCUGUUCAGGAUGCUACGCUACAACGAAGAACGCUUCAAAGGUGUUCCAGUGAAGCACCGGCAUCUAGAAGAAUAUCUACCUUUCUUCCUGAUAAUCCCACAAAUCAAGAUCAGAGAGAUGAGGAAAGUAACAUAAUGAAUGAUAACAUGGAUGAAUCCUCGAGUAGCAUAUCACCGAUUCCGCCAAUUGCUAUCGUUAAGCCAACAUUGGGAAGAAUGGAUAGUGUGAGGCGAGUUCACAGACCUCAGCCCUGCUAUGGAGUGGCAGUUUCGACUGAUAUGCCACCACCCUGCAUGCAAAUGAGUACGCCAGAGGUGUAUUUUUCUUCAAACCCAAGUUUCAAACAACCAGCUACUAGCCUACCAAGAAGGCGAAACCAAUUACGACGCGAGAGACUAACGCCAACUGUAAGGCACUCAGUAUUUGAGUAUCCCAAUGUUGUGGACUAUGGACCGUUGCAAGAUAAUGAUCACACUUUACGUAGAAGAGCCAGAAGGCAACCGGAAUCCAUCAACACUGCACCAAUAAGUAGAAGACCAUUUCGAAAUGGACAUGAAGGAAGCCAGUUGCACAAUGCCAAUUUAGUGUCAUCCAUGACUAGUCAGGUGGUAUCGAGUGAGGAGGAGCAUUCUAAUGUUAUGAUGAUUUCAAACACUUUGCCUCCUGCUUGCAUUCGUAGUGAACGUCCACGUAGAGUCAAUCACGAAAGGGCAUGUCUGGUCUCCAACUUUGAGCAAAGUCUUGCGAAUAUGGCUCAACGACUUCAAAGUCUAACAGUAUCUGCUGCUGAAAAGGUGCGUCAAACACUGCCACUUUUAAAGAAGUGUCUGAUGUAA